AACUCUGAAGAGGACUGGCAGAAUGGCCACAAGUUAAACGGGAUGCUCAUUCACGGCUCAGAGUGAACAGAGACAUGGAGCUUUGACGGCGAAAGUAAUGUGGUGUCGGCCAUGGGUCAUCAGGACACAGCCGGACAAUGUGGACCAACUUCUUCAAACUACGAGUCUUCUGCUAUCUGUUUGUGGUGCUGAUGGUGGUGGUGUUGGUCGUCAAUGUCACUCAGGUGGAGUACUUGGACCAUGAGACGCUAUCAGAGACGUUCAUCGACAGCAGCGGACAGUAUGUUUCCUCGCAGGCUACAGACUUCAGUCGGAAUGCGUACUGCGGCUAUGAGCACCAGACCCUGUCUAGUCAGGAACGCUUAGAGGAGGAUGCCUUGCUUGCUGCCUCCAAGUGGAAGGUGCCUGAUGUGGAUCUGGUCCCGUUUGUGAGGAGCACGGACCCUUCCUCCAGCUACUUCGUCAUCUUGAACUCUGCAACCUUCUUCAGGGUGGGGAGCCGGCUGGAGGUGCUGGUUCAUGUGCAAGAUUUUCGAGGGAAGCCCAAGAAGUAUGGCGGAGAUUACCUGCAGGCCAAAAUACACUCGCCUAAACUGCAGGCCGGCGCCGUGGGCCGCGUGGUAGACUACCAGAAUGGAUUUUACAAGGUGUUUUUUACUUUGCUCUGGCCAGGCAGAGUUAGAGUGUCCAUAUCUCUGGUUCACCCCAGUGAAGGGAUCAGAGUCCUUCAGCGCCUGCAGGAAGAGAAACCAGACAGGGUCUAUUUCAAGAGUCUCUUCCGAUCGGGAAGGAUUUCUGAAACAAUGAAGUGCAAUGUGUGUCUUCCUGGAAGUCUUCCCUUGUGCAACUUUACGGAUCUGUCCACCGGAGAGCCCUGGUUCUGCUUCAAACCAAAGAAACUCCCCUGCAGCAGCAGAAUCAACCACUUCAAGGGCGGAUACACGAAGGGCCUUCUCACAGCUGCCGAAAGUGCUUUCUUUCAGAGUGGUGUGAAUAUCAAGAUGCCAAUCAACUCCAGUGGGCCUGACUGGGUGACUGUGAUUUCCAGGCGAAUGAAAGAAACUGAUGACCUAGAAGUAUCUCAAGGCUCAGGAAUUUUUCCUUCCGGAUAUUUCUACAAAAACCAGUGGAGGCCCAGGAGGUUCAAGAUGCGCCACUUUAAUGACCCCGACAACAUUACGGAAUGCUUGCAAGGAAAAAUGGUGUAUUUGUUCGGUGACUCGACAAUCAGGCAGUGGUUUGAAUACCUCACUGCAUUUGUUCCAGAUUUAGUGGAGUUCAAUUUGGGCAGUCCCAAGAACGUUGGUCCCUUCCUUGCAGUGGACCAGAAACACAACAUCUUGCUCAGAUACCGCUGUCAUGGUCCACCCAUCCGCUUCACGAGCGUCUUCAGUAAUGAGCUCCAUUAUGUGGCAAAUGAACUGAACAGGAUCGUGGGAGGGAAGAACACAGUGGUGGCCAUAGCCGUAUGGUCUCACUUUAGCACAUUCCCCUUGGAAGUCUACAUCCGGAGGCUCAGGAACAUCAGGCGGGCAGUGGUCCAACUCCUGGACCGAAGUCCUAAGACAGUGGUUGUCAUCCGGACAGGCAAUGCCCAAGAGCUGGGGCCUGAGGUGAGCCUUUACAACAGUGACUGGUACAACUUUCAGCUGGACACUGUCCUUCGGAGGAUGUUUUCAGGGGUCGGAGUCUACCUUGUUGAUGCCUGGGAGAUGACCUUGGCUCAUCACCUACCCCACAAACUGCAUCCAGAUGAAGUGAUCGUGAAGAACCAGCUGGACAUGUUCUUAUCUUACGUAUGCCCCUUGGAGACCUAGCUGUCCUCAAGGACACUGGAGCAAUCACGUUCAGUGACCUUUCCAAUUGACCUGCAGCAUAGAAAAUCUGUGAUCAACUCCAUUGCGAAAUGGAUACUCUCAACUUGUUUGCCAUUUCAGAAAAGAGCUGUCCUUUGCAUAAUGACUGGUAAUGAACUUAGGCAGUGUAGGCUGCGUUUGUAGCUACCUAUAGGAUUUUUCCGUCUCGACUUAGCCAUCCUAGAGAUCUAACUUACUGCAUCUGCACACGGUAUUACUGCCCUUGUAACCAAAGAUGCUAAUGAGUGGUUAAGAACUGGCUUCUUCUGGGGGGUGAAGAUGACCAUGCUGAUGCCAGUUAAGAGAUGCUUUGAUGUAAACAGAAGGGAUAGAUUUGGUUGGCAGUGCUAUGUUUGCCACUUACUCGAUAAAGGGCAUUUGAGGGGCAUUCUUCAUGAAUGUGCCCUCCUCAGGAAUAGAGAGGGAUUCUUGCUAGAGGUUCCUGUGGCCACAAUGAAGACUGUUGUAUCUCAGGAGUUUCUAUUGACUUAUUUAUUUUCUCAAUUACUUGUAAAGGCCAAUGUGUGUGGUCAGAAUUUUAUAUGAGGAUAUUAUCAAGUUCCUGCUUUUAUCUCGAAAGAAGUUCAAUGAAAGAGCACCCAGGCUCUGCUUUGGAUUGGUAUGGGCACUGGAGAAUUAUUUCUUACUUGAUUCAGCUGAGUUUUAUGUGAUGAAUUCUUACUCUGGAAUAACCACUUUUGGAAGCGACUGUGUAAAUAGAAGUUUAUUUUUAUGUCCUGAAGCUUGUGGGUUUUCAGAACUGACUUUUACGUUAAGAAUGCUGCUCACUCUCAGAAAGUCGUCAGGGUUUCUGCCCUCAGCAGUUCCAGCUGUUUCCCUUUGCUUUUUGGCUGUCAUGAAAUAUAUGCCGAAAUCAGACGUGAAACCAGAUCAGAAGUUAAUAAAAUUAGAUAUUAAAACUCA